AUGUCCCCUACAUCGCCCCGCGGGGCCCUGCGCAGGCCGCCCGGAACGGCGCGGGGCUCCGGUACCCCCGGCGCACACCGGCACCCCCGGCCCGCACCGCCGCCCCCGCGCCGGGCACGGCGGGCGCUGUCACCGCCGGGCCGCGCAGCGCCCAGCCCCGCUCACGGCGCGGCCGGGCAGGCGGCGCCGGGCGCAGGGCCGCCUCCUCCCCGCCGGCGCAGGGGGAGCGCCGCCGCCGUGCGCGUCACAUCCCCCCGCGGGCGGGCACCGCGACCCCGCUCCGCGACCCCGCACCGAUCCCGGGGCCGCCCCGCGGGACCCGCGUCCCCUGCGCGCCCGCGGACCCCGCCGGCACCGCGCCUGCGCCACCCCCGGCGCGGUGGCCGCGGCCCUGUCACUGUCACCCCGCACACGCCAUGCUCGUCACCGCACGUCAUCCUCGUCACCCACACAUCAUUUCCGCGCCCGGCGCGGUCCGUCCCCGGUGCACGGGGCUCCUCUCUAUGGUGCGGCGGGACGCGGGGCGGGGGGUGCCGGUCCGCCCCGCUCGGUGAGGGCACCGGACCCGGCCUCCCUCCGCCGCGGGCUCGGCCCUGCCCUGCCCUGCCCUGCCCUGCCCUGCCCUGCCCAGGGGCGGCCGGAGCGGCGGCGAUGAGCGGCGCGGAGCGGCCGGAGGAGGCGGCCGCGGGCGGGCCCGGGCGCUCGCUGGGCCCCAGUGAUGCAUCUCCAGAUGAAGGAGUAGUAGAAGAUCUGCCUUUAAUAGAUGAGAAAGCUGUGGAGCAGCUGACUGAAGGAUUGAUUUCCCAUUAUCUGCCUGAUCUUCAGCGCUCAAAAUCAGCCCUGCAGGAACUUACACAGAACCAGGUGGUAUUACUAGAAACAUUAGAACAAGAAAUUUCAAAAUUCAAAGAGUGUAACUCCAUUACUGAAAUCAAUGCUUUGUUUUCAGAAGCUAAACACUAUCACAACAAGUUAGUGAAUAUUAGAAAUGAAAUGAUGAUGAUCCAUGAGAAGACAUCGAAGUUAAAAAAAAGAGCACUUAAGCUGCAACAAAAGAGACAGAAGGAGGAAUUAGAACGAGAGCAGCAACGUGAGAAGGAACUUGAAAGAGAGAAACAGUUAACAGCAAAACCUGCAAAGAGGACAUGAAAGAGCAUGCAACAACUUGCCUGAAUUAAUGAUUUCUGCAUUCUCUGGAAUUAAGGCAGACUUUGCUUAAACUGGGCUAUAGCUGUUACUGGCAACCUAUGGUAAUACCCUAUGGUAUUAUAAAUUCCAGAACAGUAAUAAUAGUGUUGGUAACAUUCACAUUUCUUCAUUUCAGCCAUUCAAGUUGCCUUCUUUUGUAAUGCUAUGCAGUUUGAUAUUAUUAUAACAUAAGUUAAUUGUUUUAUAUAUAUGUAUAUAGGAGAACUUAGGCAUCAUAAUUUUAAAGAUCUAUCAAUUUUUUUUUUCAUCUGUCCUUCUGGUGUUUAGAAUUCUGUGAGAUAUCUGAUGACUGGCACAGGAAAACAUAACCAGAACUAAACAAUUUCCACUUCAUGUGAAAUUCAGUUAUCCGUAGGAAACUAUUGCAUUUAAUGAUUUUUCCUUAACAAAUGAAUCAUUUGCACUUUGGGGCAAUGUAAGAGAUUUUUUGUUACGCUGUCCUUACCUAAAUUAAUGAUUAUUAGCACGUACUGAUGAUAAAUUUGAAUGGAGGUUGGUAUCCGUUUCUCUGAAUGUAAUUCAUAUCUUGCAGCACUUGGUGUGAACUCCCAUUCCAAUGAAUGUACAUGUUGUCUAGACUGGUAAAAGAGCUUUAAAUUAUUUGUUCCUACAGUCUAACAAACUAGCUAUUUUAUAUGUGUUAUUUUAAUGUAAGUGAUGUGUGUUGAAGUAAGAUAAAAGGUAAGCUAUGUAAAGUUUUCCAUAAAAUACGUAUGGGAAGGUAUCAGAGGGGCACAGGCAAUUUUACUUUUUCUUCUGUUUUAGAUGACUUACACUGUUACACUGUACACCUGCCUGGACUCUUCUGUAUUGUAAUUUUCUUGUAAUUACUUGUUCUUAAUAUUUGUCAUCUUUUUCUAACAAGUACCCAUCCAAUAUACAGGGUAAACUGGGAUAAUAUUUUGGGGCAAGGAGAACAAACUACUUAAAGCCUACUUAAAGUCUGAAGAGGCACUGGAAUGCUGUUACUGAAGCAGUAAUAGAUUAAAACUUUUCCACAGGUAUUUUUCCCUUAAGUUGACUUGUGUCUGUUACUUGCCAGUGGAUUGCUGGCCCAUGCUGUGGUUUGUAUGUAUUUCUAAGAGAAAUGUAAAGAAUUUCCACAGUCCAUUUUUUGGAGCAGAAUGUACAUAAGUAAAUGUUGUUUAAAUAUUUUAUUUUGUAAUGUAAUUUGAAAAUCAGAUUCUGGGAAUUUAAACAGUUCUCAUUAAAGUAUAACAUAAAACUA